AUGCCCCUUACAUUUGUGAUCAGUGGGAAGAAUGUCCCUUACAUUGGUGAUCAGUGGGAAGAAUGUCCCUUACAUUGGUGGCCAGUGGGAAGAAUGCCCCUUACAUUGGCCAGUGGGAAGAAUGUCCCUUACAUUGUGGUGGCCAGUGGGAAGAAUGCCCUUUACAUUAGUGGCCAGUGGGAAGAAUGCGCCUUACAUUGGUGGCCAGUGGAAGAAUGCUCCUUACAUUGGUUGGGCAGUGGAAAGAAUGUCCCCUACCAAUGUUGAUCAGUGGGAAGAAUGCUCCUUACAUUGGUGAUCGGUGGGGAAGAAUGUCCCUUACAUUGGUGGUCAGUGGGAAGAAUGUCCCUUACAUUGGUGGUCAGAGGGAAGAAUGACCCUUACAUUGGUGGUCAGUGGGAAGAAUGUCCUUACAUUGGUGAUCAGUGGGAAGAAUGCCCCUUACAUUGGUGAUCAGUG